UUUUCAAUUUAUCCACAGAAUUCUACAUUACCAUCUUUUCUCUACUAUAAUUUAAAUAACCUUAUUUUAUAUGCAAAGUCUAAAAGUCUUAUAUACAAAGUCGCCUGCAAGUUGAUUUGAAAACAUUUCCUUCUUCAUUAUAAGAAAUAUGAGUGAUUAUAACGUAAUAACAUCAGAUUUUGUAAAUUUAUCCAUUACUAAUUCUAGCCAAAAUUCAUAUUGUGUAGAACGACGAUUUCAGAAAGGAAUAACAAUUGAUGAAUUUAAAGGAAAAUUGGAACUUCUUACUGGUGGUAAUCCAAAAACAAUGAAAAUUGAAGUAUAUGACAAAAAUGAUAAAUUAAUUUGCAAAUUAGAUGAUAACCACCGUUUAUUAGGAUCAUAUCCUAUUGAUGAUGGAAUGCGACUACAUGUAAUAGAUAAUUUUUCUCGUACUGAAGAAAAUUUAAACAAUGUAGAAAAAUUUGAAAUAUCUGAAGAAGAAUAUGCUAAAAGAACAGAUACAGUAAAGGCAUUUUUGGAAAAAAAUAAGUUAGGAAAAUAUAAUGAAGAAGAAAUGAAAAGAAAAGCAGAAGAGAAAAAACAAGAAGAAGAAGCAGAAAGAACAGCUGCUCAAUUAUGUAAAAUUGGUUCUCGUUGUGAAGUUUGUGUACCAAAUCAACCAAAACGAAGAGCUAUAAUCAUGUAUGUUGGUAAAACUGAAUUUAAAGAAGGUUGGUGGAUUGGAGUAAAAUAUGAUGAACCACUUGGUAAAAAUAAUGGAACUGUUAAUGGAAAAAAGUAUUUUGAAUGUUUACCAAAAUAUGGUGGAUUUGUAAAACCAAUACACGUGAAAGUGGGAGAUUUUCCAGAAGAAGAAUUUGAUUUGGAUGAAGAAUUAUAAAACAUUAACAUAUUUCUUUAAUAUGGCUUUUAUAUAUUAAAAAAUAGAACUUAAAAAAAAAUUUUAAACUAAUAAUAUUUAUUAUAUAUAAAAACACUUAAUAUUUUCUUCGUUUUAUUAUAUCUGGUCUCCAAUUUACUGGAUGUGUUUCUUCGGUCUGUAAAUGUUAACACAAAAAAUAGUUGCAUUCGUGCUUUAAUUAUUGAUAUAAUUAAUAUAUAAAAAAAAAUUUUCUUACAGCAGUAUCAUCUUCUUUAUAAACUUUGAUCGUUUUAUCUGCUUCCGUUGUAAUCAUACGAGUACCAGACAUGUCAAAUGUAAUACUAAAUACUCCAGCUUCACUAUCCAUUGAACCCGGUUGAACAGGUGCUUGUAAACGUUGGAAAUUAUACCUUAAAAUUUAUAUAUUUGAGCAAUAUUGAAUAAAUUUAAAAAAUUCUUA